AGAUGGCGCCAGCGGUAGGGGUAGGUCACCGCCCGCUAGGUAUGGCAGCUUCGAGGUUGGAGCUGAACCUCGUCCGGCUACUGUGUCGCUGCGAGGCCAUGGCAGCGGAGAAACGGGACCCAGAUGAGUGGCGUCUGGAGAAGUACGUGGGGGCCCUGGAGGACAUGCUGCAGGCCCUGAAGGCCCAAUCAAGCAAACCCACCUCCGAGGUGAUCAAUGAAUACUCCCGCAAGGUGGAAUUUCUGAAGGGGAUGCUACAGGCGGAGAAGUUGACGUCUUCCUCUGAGAAGGCUCUGGCCAACCAAUUCCUGGCCCCCGGCCGAGUGCCCACCACAGCCAAGGAGCGAGUGCCUGCCACCAAGACCGUACAUCUACAGUCCCGGGCUCGCUACGCUGGAGAAAUGCGGAGUGAGCUGCUGGGGAAGAAUAUUUCUGGAGAGCCUGAGCUGGACGUGAGGAAGCGAAUGGUGUCAGAGCCCAGGCCUGUGGAUGAGAAACAGUCAGCUGCCGAACUGGACCUUGUCCUCCAACGACACCAGGACCUCCAGGAAAAGCUAGCUGAGGAGAUGCUAGGCCUGGCUCGAAGCCUCAAGACCAACACACUGGCCGCUCAGACUGUCAUCAAAAAGGACAACCAGACCUUGUCGCACUCACUCAAGAUGGCUGACCAGAACCUGGAGAAGCUGAAGACUGAGUCGGAGAGGCUAGAGCAACAUACACAGAAGUCGGUGAACUGGCUGCUCUGGGCCAUGCUCAUCAUUGUGUGUUUCAUCUUUGUCAGCAUGAUUCUCUUUAUCCGAAUCAUGCCCAAGCUGAAGUAAAGACCAGCUGCUGCCAUCUCUAGUGCUCUUGUGGUGGCUGCCCGGAAGCCUCAGAAGCCACAGGGAGCAUGCAGAGGGGGAGGGUUGGGUUGUAGAAAUGGUAACAUCAAAAACACCUUGUUUCAUCCUUGUCUACCCCAAGAGACCUGGGACCUGGGAGGAGCCAAACUCAUUGUUUUGGCUUUUUAUCUCAGCCGAGGCAGGAGGAUCACAACUGCAAGGCCAGCCUGGGCUACAACAACAAUAAUCUGCCCAACCCAAAA